CACAGUCGGUCACACUAUUGUUGGGCAGCAAGUCUGGGCACACUGCAACUUUGCGAAUAGCAAAAUCGCGAAACGCAAAAAAUUAUAUUACUCCCAUAAAGCACAAUUCGAACGUAAAGUGAACUACUAACGUAUAGAAAAUAAACACAAAGAGCAUAACAUAAGAACAAACAACAAGGAGGCGUUUAAAUAUUUAUCAAAAUAAGUUCUCUGUUCUUGUUGUGCCUCUGUGUGUUUGUGUCUGUGCGCUCGUUUAACUGUGUGUGUGCUCCUUGCGUGUCGGUGUGCGGUGCCUGUGCUUUGGUGUGCGUGUGCGUAUAGCUGUCACUUUCUGGCGCGCACACAAGAUAUAUACACACAGAAAUUUGAAGAAGCGGUGCCCACCACACGGCCCCCUCCCCGUUCCAGACAACCAUCAACGCCACCAGCACCACCACCACCACCCCCUCCUGUUGGCGCGGCUCGGCUCGGCUCGGCUGGAUGUGUGCGCCCGGUUCCGGUGCCUUUUGGUUACCGUUCCCGUGCAUCUGGACCUGGAAGCAGUGUGUGCGUGCGAGUGAGCGGGCACGAUAGAAGUUGAAAGAGCAGGCGAAAGGAGCAAGAGCAGGACGACAGAGGAGCUCGAGUUGCCGGUACCGUUACAGAUCAGAAGUGCACAAGGGAAGCAGCAGCAGCAUUAGGACUGUUCCAGUUCCACUUCCCAGUCCCGUUCCAGUAUUCCAGAGAAGGUGAUCGAAAUAAAACUAAAACUAAAACUCGACCAACGCCAGCAGUGAGAGCAGUAUUCAAAAGGCAACGCAGAGUUGGAGGAGGAGGAGCUAGUGGACGCGGAGGACACCAGGAAAGCCCAGGAGAACUCCCCCCCCCUGAGACCCUGAGAUGUUGCCAUUCACCCCGCAGGUGGUCAAGCGUUUGUUAGCACUCAAAAAGGGCAACGAGGACAACAGCGUCGAGGGCAAGUGGUCAGAGAAGGCCGUCAAGAAUCUGGUCAAGAAGAUCAAGAAGAAUUCGCAGCUGGAGGAGCUAGAGCGCGCGAUCUCCACACAGAACUGCCAGACGCGGUGCGUGACGGUGCCGCGCAGCAAGCCAGCUCCCGCCGGCGAGCAUCUGCGCAAGGGUCUGCCGCACGUCAUCUAUUGCCGCCUGUGGCGCUGGCCCGAUCUCCAGAGUCAGAAUGAACUAAAGCCCCUCGAUCAUUGCGAGUACGCCUUCCAUUUGCGCAAGGAGGAGAUCUGCAUAAAUCCGUACCACUACAAAAAAAUUGAACUGUCCAUCCUGGUGCCCAAAUCGCUGCCCACGCCGCCCGACUCCAUUGUGGACUAUCCGCUGGACAACCAUACGCACCAGAUACCCAACAACACCGAUUACAAUGCGGCGAUCAUUCGCAGCGCCUCGUUGAGUCCGCCGCAGUACAUGGAAUUGGGCGGUGCCGGGCCCGUUUCCGUAUCAUCGUCUGCCAGUUCGACGCCAGCGACUGCCGCCGGUGGUGGUGGUGGUCCCUCCUCGUCGUCGUCGUCGUCAUCGUCCGCCGCCUCCGCCUAUCAACAGCAACAGCAGCAGCUGUCCUUUGGCCAAAACAUGGACUCUCAAUCGAGUGUGCUUAGUGUGGGCAGCAGCAUUCCCAACACCGGCACCCCGCCGCCCGGCUAUAUGAGCGAGGAUGGUGACCCCAUCGAUCCUAACGACAACAUGAACAUGUCGCGUCUAACGCCGCCCGCCGAUGCAGCGCCGGUGAUGUACCACGAGCCGGCCUUUUGGUGUUCCAUCUCCUACUAUGAGCUAAAUACGCGUGUCGGCGAGACGUUCCAUGCCUCGCAGCCCUCGAUCACGGUGGAUGGCUUUACCGAUCCCUCCAAUUCGGAGCGCUUUUGCCUCGGACUGCUGUCUAAUGUGAAUCGCAACGAGGUCGUGGAGCAGACACGUCGCCACAUCGGCAAGGGCGUACGGCUUUACUAUAUUGGCGGUGAGGUAUUCGCAGAAUGUCUGAGCGAUUCGUCCAUUUUCGUACAGAGCCCAAAUUGUAAUCAGCGAUAUGGCUGGCAUCCGGCCACCGUAUGCAAGAUACCGCCCGGUUGCAACCUAAAGAUCUUCAACAACCAGGAGUUUGCCGCCCUGCUGUCGCAGUCCGUGUCGCAGGGAUUCGAAGCGGUCUACCAAUUGACACGCAUGUGCACCAUCCGCAUGUCGUUCGUCAAGGGCUGGGGCGCCGAAUAUCGCCGCCAGACGGUGACCUCAACGCCCUGCUGGAUCGAACUCCAUCUGAACGGGCCGCUCCAGUGGCUGGAUCGCGUGCUCACACAGAUGGGUUCGCCACGGCUGCCGUGCAGCUCCAUGUCAUAAGCGCACGGCCGGUUCCGGUUUUCAAUCUUCCCCCUCCCCCAAUUUUCCGCACAGAAAGCGCCGGAGUUUAAGGCCCAUUUUUGGGUUUGAAAGAAGAUCCACAGAAAUCCCAGUAAACGGCUCUGACAAGUAACACUGACGAUGAAUGGAUACUAUCCUCAAGAAUUUGCGGUAGUCAAUAUCGUUUAUUAUCGAUUUUUAUUCACAUUCGAGAGAAAUUUCAAUGGUUAUUAAGAUGAAAUUGGUAUGCAAUCAAUGUGCUUUUGUUCGGCUUUGUAGUGAUGUAGUUUAAAUACCCUCUGUCAGGGUAUAAAAUUUAAUUAUGUCACUAGCUCUAGAAAAAGUACAUUUCACUUGCCGAAAGCUGUACAAAUUGAUGUUGAAAAAAACUACUUGAAUCCUUGAUGUAACAAGAACUUCCGCAUCAUCCAAAAAUACUAUAUACAGCUCUAUUCAUGUUGAAUAUGACCCGAGAUUCAUCAGUGUUACUAGUCAGCAGCUCCGCGGGAUAUCAAAAUGAGAAUCGGAAUUGGUUUCAAAGAGAAAACCAAGAAAAAUUCUGAGAGCACAUAUGAAAUAAGUUCAGGCAAAUUAUAUACGAGUACAUAAAUGAGUAAUUGAAAAACAAAUGGUAGAUGCAAACCAGAUGCAGAUAUAUCUAUAUACAAAGAGCACACACUUACAUGUGGGAUAUAUAUCUUUACAAGCAUAUAUGAGAGAGAACAUGUAUUUGGCGUUACAAGUUUAGGACUAUAUAUUGUGUAGGUGGAAACGUGGAGAGAGUUACAGUUUUCGAUAAGAAGCAACAAUUUUUUUAAACAUUUUACAUACAAAAAAAAAAAAAAAAAAAGAAAACCAAAAGCACAUGAGGAAAUAACCGAAAUGGAACCGACCAGGAACACAAAAAAACCAAAAGAUACCCCGAAUCUGUGUGCGUAAAGUUGGUAGCGCUAGAAGCGAGAGAGUCAAAAUUCUUUGAGAAAGAAGCAAAACAAUUAAAUUGGUGAUUUGGAACAAAAAUGAAUGAGCAAAACAGGAACUGGGAUUUAUCAAGCUUGAAGCUUACACACACAGACACACUACCAUACAUUGCAAAUGUACAUAAGACCAAAAUAAUGAAAUUAUUCACGCAGGACCUCCACUUGAUCGAGUAUGGGAUUAUAGAUAUAUCCGUUUGAAGAUGGUUGUUAAACGUUUCGAUUUUCGCUUAGUACGUGUGUGUUAAAAAAUUCGUAAACUCUUAAAGCGCAGUCAGCUCUUGUUAGUCGUAAUAUCCGUAAAAUGCGAUCAUAUAUCCUAUGUGUAAAGCACUUGCCCAACAAAAUUUGAAUGCCGCAAGCCAGGUCUGGCCCAUCUAAGGUGCCAUUUUGUUCAGAACUGCAUUUAUUGUGUACCAAAUGAGAGAUUCUUGAUUCUUUUACAGCAUCGUAUUUGAAACGAUAGCUUAACCAACCAAUAUGCAAUAUGGUUUGCCGUUGCUGGCCGGAUUUUGCUUGGCAAGUGCACGUUUUUCUUGGGUCUAGAUCUUAAGUCUAUAUAUGUAACAAAAUUCGCUAGCUUAUCUUAACGUUUAAAGAGCCCAAAUCCAGUUUAAGUUCAAGUUCAAAUUGUUUUUACGUCAAUAUUUGCUGAUUCUUUUAAUUCUUUUGUUUUUUUUUGCCCAUUGCUUCGCUGUUACGACCAAAAAUAACUGUACCGCCUGGCCAGUGUUGGGCAGUGAAUGGUGCGUGGCGGGCAGUGUUGCCUAGCGCACUUGUCCUCUGGUUCCGGCGAAACUUUAAUUUAAGUUUUGUCUAUUGUUUGCCCCCUUUGUUGCUUUUAAGUUUCUCACGUGUGCAGUUUAGUGCUAAGACACUUAGUCCUGAUUGUCAAUCAAUCGAAUAAACGACCGCGAACGAGAUUGUGUUUUGUUAAUUGGCUCUAAUCACUGUUUUUAAUCAAACAAUUGUUUUCGUAUUUCCGGCUAAGCCCGCAAAUAAUGUAAUGUAAUCCUUAAGUUAUGCCUAAACGAAACAAAGCAAUGCAGGCGAACAUGCAACAGCAACAGUCAACAGUCCUCCGAGGACACAACCACAGAGAACCAGCAACCCCGUACCCGUAACUUUAUAAAGUAUAAAUACAAAUAUAUACAUAUAUCUAAUAUGCAAGCAUGCAGAUAAAGACAAACAGAAUCGUAUAUAU